AUGCCACCCUCCAUCACAGCCUUCCAGGCUGCCUACAUUGGCAUUGAGGUGCUCAUCGCCCUGGUCUCCGUGCCUGGGAAUGUGCUGGUGAUUUGGGCCGUGAAGGUGAACCAGGCUCUGCGGGACGUUACCUUCUGCUUCAUUGUGUCACUGGCAGUGGCUGAUGUGGCCGUGGGCGCCCUGGUCAUCCCAUUGGCCAUCCUUAUAAACAUUGGGCCACAAACCUACUUCCAUACUUGCCUCAUGGUGGCCUGUCCUGUCCUCAUCCUCACCCAGAGCUCCAUCCUGGCCCUGCUGGCGAUUGCUGUGGACCGCUACCUCCGCGUCAAGAUCCCGCUCAGGUACAAGACAGUGGUGACCCCUCGGAGGGCAGCUGUAGCCAUCGCUGGCUGCUGGAUUCUCUCCCUCAUAGUGGGCCUGACACCUAUGUUUGGCUGGAAUAAUCUGAGUGAGGUGGAGCGGGCCUGGGUGGCCAAUGGCAGUGUCGGGGAGCCCGUGAUCAAGUGCGAGUUUGAGAAGGUCAUCAGCAUGGAGUACAUGGUCUACUUCAACUUCUUCGUCUGGGUGCUGCCACCCCUGCUCCUCAUGGUCCUCAUCUACCUGGAGGUCUUCUACCUGAUCCGCAAGCAACUCAACAAGAAGGUGUCAGCCUCCUCCGGUGACCCACAGAAGUAUUACGGGAAGGAGCUGAAGAUUGCCAAGUCACUAGCCCUCAUCCUCUUCCUCUUUGCCCUCAGCUGGCUGCCACUGCACAUCUUGAACUGCAUCACCCUCUUCUGCCCCACCUGCCAGAAGCCCAGCAUCCUCAUCUACAUUGCCAUCUUCCUCACGCACGGCAACUCAGCCAUGAACCCCAUCGUCUAUGCCUUUCGUAUCCACAAGUUCCGAGUCACCUUCCUGAAGAUCUGGAAUGACCAUUUCCGUUGUCGGCCGGAACCCCCCAUCGACGAUGAUCUCCCUGAAGAGAAGGCUGAUGACUAG